GCUGAGAGUUAGUAACGGGCUUGCUACACUACUAAAUACGCCCUUCAUUGUGACUUCUUUUGCCUUCAAGAUUCACAGAGCAAGCGGACGCGCUCGAGGUAAGCCUGUUCUAAUUAUUGGCUUUUUCGCUCGUGUUACACACCAUAACUCCCGAACGCAGCAGUUUCAGAGAAAAUCCAACAUACGUUUCGACCUAUACCCGAGGCUGAAUACGUGGUGUUGUUUGUGGAGCGAUUCAUGGCUCAUGAAGUGAGAUGUUAGGUAACAGACAGACAGACACACACAACUACCCUCGCUGCGCAUGCGCGCCGAGGGGUAAUUAGCACUGGCUACCCUUGGAGACAUCAGAAGUUGCAACGCAAAGCGAGUAUCGAUGUGUACCUAGCCCCGUGACAGACUCGGCAAGCUGGCAAGAGAUCACAAGGUUUCACAUGCUGCCACUUAUCCUGCGACCACGAAAGAAGGAGUGCAGCAUACUUUUGGGGUGUCCUAGAGCGAUCUUUUCCACUGCACAUCAAGGCUGAAGUGAAGGGACUCAGAUUAUGCAAGGAUAUGAAGUCAGUAGUGUUUGACCUGCCGACAACUUCAGCAUCUACUGUAGCAGAAACGUGGAAUGAUGGCUACAUGAGACUUAGUGAGUGUCUAGAGCUUCCUGAGCUGUUGGAAAGGUCCCCGGACUUUUAUCAUCGAAUGAGGUGUAAUAGCAGUGGCUGGGUGCAGAGGGAUAGCAACAAGCGUAGGUGUUCCAGCAGGCAGUUCAGCGGUGGAUCCAAAAGAAACACCCAGUCUGGUUUUAGACAACACUGGACUAGCAAUAAUAAACAGUGAAACUUCUCGAUUUGUGUGUAUGUCAUAAUUAGUUAUGAAUGCGCAAGUAUUUACUUUCUUGAUCAACGUGUGCGUGUGGUCACGUG